UCGAUCUGUCAAACAAACUGACGAAAAUCGUGAUGUUCAAAAGGAAAUACGAAAGAAAUUGGUGAAACUUCUCGAUAGAAUAUUGAAUUUUAUAUAAAUUAAACGUGUUGAAUUGACAAAACAUUAUUUACGUUUGUGACCGCUCGCUCAAACUGGGGAUGUGAUACACAAGUGCGUUAAUGUUCGGGCCUAAGGCUAACACAAUACAUCGUCGUGACUGGAUUCAAUGAACAGUGCCUUUUUCUAAGAAACGAAGAUGCAGCGUCUAACGAUAUUAAUAACAUUGCUCUUUACAUACUCUCAAGCUAAGCAUAAUAUGGAAACAGAUCUAAAUGGACUAGCCGAAAAAACGUAUGGCGUAAAGAUAAACAAAUGUUGCGAAGAGGAACAAAUAAUGGUCGAUAUAUCAUGCAGGUUAGCUGAAACAGUCAACCAAAGUCUUUGGGAACCUAAUUUUAUGACUGAAGAUGGUAAAAAAACUACCGUAGAAAAUUACCAAUUUGUGGUUGGAUUACCUGAUUGUGAAAACACGCAAAUGAGAGCAAUUUACUACAUACCAAAUUCCGAGGAUGAGUUAAACAUCCUAUCCGAUGGCCGGUUACACCACAUAAUUCACCACACUCAUAGUAUAGACACAAUAAAAGAAGAUCCACUGCUCAGCAACACUUUUGGUAUAAAUGAACCAAUCACUAUACCAGAGGUGAAGGAACCAACAUCAUACAUUCACGAACAGAAGAAGUAUUGUAUGGACAAGAUAUUCAUGACGAAAACAAACGUAACUGGAGAGUAUGCACUAGUGUGUGUACCCGAUGUAAAAAACUGGAGAGAUGUGAAUUUUAUUAUGACGAAAAUCUUAAACCCUCUGUUUCAUGGUAUUUCUAUAAUUUUAUUCCUCAUCGUGGCAAUCAUAUACUUUGUGCUACCGACACUCAGGGAUCUUGCGGGAAACAUCAUCACUACUAUCAAUGUUUGUUUAAUUGUUAGUCAAGCGGCUGACUUUGUGAGGAUAUUUACCGAAUACAGCAAUCAUGUCAGCUUUAUGGUGACUGAUAUAAUUUUGUAUAUCAGUUUGCUGGGUGCUUUCUUCUGGCUGAACAGUUUUGGGUUUUACAUUUGGAAAACAUUCAAAUCAAGAAAUGUUUUUCUAAGAGUGACUGAUGUGAGGAAAUACUGUUAUUAUUCAAGCGUUGUUUGGUCUAGCGUAGUAAUAAUGGCAGCGAUGGCAAUCUGCGCACAUUUCCUGUUGGACACCGGAACAAACCCUAACAGAAAAAUGAGGACACAAUUUUCAUCGUCCAUUAUUGUGAAUGAUGUUGAACAGGAAACUAUAGGUUGGCUUGGGAUUGCAAUAUUUUUCACGCCUGUUGCCUUCACGAUUAUAUUCAAUAUUUUCUUUUAUAUAACCACACUGAAGGUUAUAAAAAGGAUAAAUAUUUAUGGGCGAAUACACCAUAAGCUCAAAGGAUGUUUCGACUUGUUCCUUCAACUGUUUCUCAUCAUGACAACGACUUGGCUGUUCCUCCUGCUCUCUUGGCUUAACUUCGAUGGACUGGUAUAUGCUUAUAUUAUUGUGAAUCUUUUGCAAGCCAUACUUGUGUUCUACGUGUGCAUAGUACGCCAGUCACACGUAACGUUCUUGUUACGGAAAAGCUGCUGCUAUGCGGAGCCAAUACCAACUAAUGACUGGGGAGAUGAAAUGACCAGAAUGAAUGGUUUUAAUUAUAAUUAGGGAAUCUCGCCACAGAUGCUGGAGCAAUUCGCGCUGGUCUUUAAAAGCAUAAUUUUAAAAGAAUUAAAAUAAUACUCUGAUUGAAAUCCCAUCGGCUAUGUCGAAAUGAAUUUAAACAUAGGAUUUGUUCAGCUUUUAAGCAUUCUAAAGGUAAGAAUUAACAAUGGGACUGAAUCUCUUGCUACCUACACCAUGACAUUCCGGUUCUGAAUCACUGACAGUAGAGUAAUUAAUCACAAAGUAUUGAGCACAUUAUAUGUAUUUAAGAUAAUUGGUAGAAUUACUGUGAUUUUACCUAGAAUUAAUAACUGAGAAGUAAACUGUAUCCUAAAAGUGUCUUCAAAAAAGAGAAUUAUUUAUAUUGGUGUUAAAAAUUGACAAUUUCCAUUUUUAAUGGAUUAUGGAGUAUUUGAAAAACAUAGUUAAUAAGUAUAAAAGAAACUCGAGUGCUCAUAAGGAUACUUAAUUUUUAUCGGAUUUAAAUAUUUUAAUUGGUUUAAACUAAGUGAAUGUGAAAGGAUAGAUGUUUUUUGUGAAUGGCGCAUUUUGCAAACAAAU